ACAAGUGGAGGAGAUCAGAAUGUUAGAAGUAGAAGAUGGGCCAAGUAGACGAGUUUCACGAGGGAGGAAAAGAGCCUCUAAAGCCCAGGAGAAAGUGCAAAAACCAGAAACAGUAAAGGCAAAAAGAUCGAGGAGAUCAGAUGUAGAAAAUGAGAAUCUAAACACAAGUGAUGCUUUGUUUGCUGACCUUGACAUUGACAGUAUUACAUCUCAAGCUUUAUCCCAGUCACAGAAUACCGAUUCCCUCAAUGCGAAAAAUAUACGUGGUUCUAAAGGCACUGAAAAGGAAAAUUGUAAUGUUGCAAGCAGAACUAAACAUACAAAUGUUGAAAAGACUACAGCUGACACAAGCAUAAAUGAAUCUCAGAGUCAGUACUUUGUAAAAAAGUUUGGAAAUUAUCGCCCCUCACAACCUAUUGAGAGAAAAGAAAUAUUUGUUGAUAAUAGUUUAACUACCUCCCAGUCAAAAAAUGAUACUUCUUUCAGUUUCUCAUUUGUUGGCGAUGAAACUCAAGUGUUAGAUCAGACUGUGUCUGAAAUUAAACAGUCUCUAUUUACAGUUACUGAUAUUGGACCUAAAGAUGGAAAUCUAAGAGAAAGGAAACAUACAAUACAAAACAUACAAGGCUUUUCAAAAUGUAGAGUGAAAGAUCAUCCUUUUAGUAGCACACCAUAUUUUAAAACAGAAGAUUUAUCGGUUUCUGUGAUAGAUACCCAGGACUUGCCUCAAUGCUCUAGUCAUUCUCAGUUUCAUGUACCAGAGAGUACACAGUGUAAAGACAAUUCCUCAUUACUGGAUACUACACAGUUGAAGGAUGUGGAAGGUUUCAAGUACAGAUGUACUCCAUAUAAAACAAAAGCCAAAGAUUUGUGUACACAGAGUCAGUGUGAGCUGAUGGCAGGAACUCAGUACCAGUCAUACCUCCAUGAAAACUACAAUGAUUCCCAGAGUGAGGUUACACAGACCUGUGAUAUCAAACAGUCUCAACAAGAUGUUGAUAGGGAGAAGGUAGGAGUAGAAUUCACACAGUAUAACCAAAACUCACAGAUUUCAUGUACUGGUUUAUGUGAUAUGACUGGCGUUAUUAUUGACUCACAGACGAACACUGAAAGUAAAGUGAAUACUUCUGACUGUGAUAUAUUUAGUGAUAGUUUUGGGGACGAAAAUGUUGAUAAAGUCUGUGAUAAUAAUGGUGAAAUGAUGUCUCAGGAAGUGGACGCUGGAAUUUCUAGUCAUACUCAGAGUUUGAAUUGUUCAGAAAGUAGCCAAAGUUCUCAAUGUAGAAAAUCAGCUUUGGAGGAUGACUUGGAAUGUAUGAUACAAGAGUCACAAAACCUGAGGAAAACAAGAACGAAAGCGAAGGGGAAAAGUCAGCACUGCUUUAGGAAUGGUUCUAGUGUGAAUAAUGAGUUAGAAAUUAAAAAUACAGAUUCAAACUUAGACAAUAAUGAAAUUGUUGUGAAAAAGAAUACAAGUUUGCAAAACAAUUCUGUAACCAGUCUAGGUCAACAGCCAUCUCUACAAUAUGGUGAUGUAGAAAAGUUAGGGUUACAGUCUGGAACAAAAGCACUAUCUACAAUUGGAUUGGUUCAUACUUUACCUACAACACCUAGGGUUGAUUCCCUGCAAGACAGAAUAAAGAAAAGGUUGAAGGAGAAUGCGGGUAAAAAGACACCACAAGGUCCAGGUAUUCUCAUGGAACAAUUACGAGAGCAAGUUUUGGAAAGAGUGCAGCUUGAAGCUGAAAUGGCAAAAGAGAUAGAAAGCAAAGAUAUAGGACCUUUUUAUGGUCUCCCAAGGAAAGUAAAACAUCUGUUUGAAAAUCACAGAGGAAUCAAAUCUCUUUAUGAUUGGCAAGAUGAAUGUUUGAAAUUACCAGCUGUUUUGGAGAGAAAAAAUUUGAUAUAUUCAUUGCCUACAAGUGGUGGUAAAACUUUGGUGGCUGAAGUUCUGAUUCUACAGGAAAUUAUGUGUCACAAGAGAGAUGCUCUGCUCAUUCUACCUUUUGUUUCUAUUGUUCAGGAAAAAGUGAGAAAUAUGUCUCAAUUUGCUGUUGAUCUGAACUUCUAUGUAGAAGAAUAUGCAGGAAGUAAAGGAAGAUUCCCACCAAUCAAAAGACAAAGCAACCACUCACUAUAUAUAGCUACUAUAGAGAAGGCCCAUUCUUUGAUAAACAGUCUAAUAGAAACAGAUAGAAUUGACAGUCUUGGUCUUGUUGUGGUUGAUGAGUUACACAUGUUGGGGGAGGGUGGAAGUCGAGGAGCAACUCUAGAAUCUACCCUGAUCAAGAUACUUCAUUCUGCAAGUGCUGCCCAGGUGAUAGGAAUGAGUGCUACACUUAACAAUAUUGAAGAUCUACAGAAAUUCCUAAAUGCAGAGGUGUAUUGCAACAAUUUUAGACCUGUGACAUUGACAGAGUAUGUAAAACUAUCUGACAGUAUAUAUUGUGUGGAUCAGAAAGCUAAAUGUCCAGAUGAUCAGUUUGUACAUGACAGGAUUGUUUGCUUUCAGUACCCUCCGGAGAUGACAAAAACAGAUCCUGAUCAUGUGUUGGGACUAGCACUGGAAGUUAUACCAGACAACUCGUGCCUUGUAUUCUGUCCUACCAAGAAAAACUGUGAAAAUGUUGCUCUUAUGCUCUCUAAACUCAUGGCAAAGUUUAAAAGAGAAUUAAGUGAGGUUAAGAAGAUAGAAAGGAGAGCAUUAUUGAAGGAGUUGAGCAAUGAUUCAGAAGGCAAGGUUUGCCCCAUUCUACAGUAUACAAUACAUUUUGGUAUAGGAUACCACCACAGUGGUUUGACAGUGGAUGAACGUAAACUUAUAGAAGAGGCAUACAGUGAUGGAAUCCUUUGUUUACUAGCAUGUACAUCAACGCUUGCAGCUGGUGUCAACUUACCUGCUAAAAGGGUUAUAUUAAGAAGCCCUUAUGUUGGUCAGUAUUUUAUAUCUCGAAGUCAGUAUAAACAGAUGGUUGGUCGUGCAGGAAGAGCUGGUAUAGACACUUCAGGCGAGUCCAUUCUCAUCUGUAAAUCUUCAGAUAGAGAAAAGGUGUGUAAUCUGUUAGCAGGACCUAUAGAGAGUUGUCAUAGUAGUUUACUAUAUAACAAUGGCAAAGGAAUAAGAACACUUCUGCUGUCUACUAUUGGUCUUAAGAUCACAGCAACAACUGAAGAUGUGUUUAAGUUUGUGAGUAGAUCUUUGGCACAUUGCCAGCAGACUGUGUUAGGUACUGAUGUCACAGCAGUGUGCAGGGAAUCUCUACAGAAACUGAUAGACAGUGGACUGGUUCUACAGACUAAGUCACAGUCAGAGGAUCCUGAACAUAAUUCAUGUCACAGUCUAGAAGUGACUAGGUUAGGCAAAGCUACAUUUAAAGGCCCAAUAGAUCCGGACUAUGCUGAUAUGUUAUAUAAAGAUCUAAGAAAUGCUGAGGAGCCAAUGGUGAUCUCUAACCAUCUUCACUUACUAUAUCUUGUUACACCAUAUGAUGCUGUCAAAGAUAUUUCCCCAUCCUGGUUUAUCUAUUUCAAUCAGAUGAGUCUAUUAAGCAGUUCAGAAUUGAAGGUAACCAGCUUGAUUGGAGUCCCAGAAUCAUAUAUAGCCAGGAAGGCAUCUCAACAAAAGACAAGACAGAAAGUGGAUGACUUUAUUGUAAAUCGGUUUUACCUGACGUUAAUGUUGUAUGAUUUAUGGAGAGAAAAAUCAGUGUGGGAAGUAGCUGAAAAAUUCCAGCAACCACGUGGUUUCAUACAGAACCUUCUAGCCAGUGCUGCUAGUUUUGCCAGCUGUGUAGCUCACUUUUGUCAGGAACUAGAGGAAUUUUGGGCAUACCAGGAUUUGAUGGGGAACUUUGUUAAGAGAUUAUCAUACUGUGUAACAUCUGAAUUGAUACCUCUGAUGGAAAUACCAGGAGUUAAACUUGGUAGAGCAAGAUUAAUGUAUACAGCAGGUUAUAAGACACUUAGUUCUGUAGCUUCGGCAAAAACUGAGGACCUUGUCAAGUCAGUACAAUACAUGCCCAGGAAAGCCGCUAAACAGAUCAUUGCUUCAGCUAAGUUAUUGCUGAAUGAGAAAACUGACAUUAUGAUGCAAGAAGUGGAAGCCUUAGUUACUGUUCCACAUUUAGUUAGCAACAGUGUAACCAUGACAACUGAUACUACACCAGCCCCAGUUACCCCACAACUCUCACAGUCACAAUAAUAGUGAUGCAAGAAGUGCAGUUUGAACAGACAGUUUUGUGAGAAGACAUUAAGUGAUUUGAAUACUGUGAAAUGUAAAUUAGUUAAUAUAUAUGAUAGAGGGUAUUAUCUAUCAAAACUUUUUCAACUAUAUUCUCAGGGAUUCACCGAUAGUUGCAGGUAUUAAAGGCAUUUAAAUUUAUAUUAAAGGCACAUUAAGCCUCAAAAAUGAAUGAAUGAAAAUUUUUUCCUCUGCAGAAAGGACAACAUAUGUUUUGUAAUGUUGUUAUAAUAAUGUAGAUUUAUAAUGUGUAAGAUGCUUAUCACCUGAAGAAAAAAGCAUUUAAAGUGAAAUCAUUUGUGAUAAAGGUAGGGUUAGGGUGGUACUAUGACGUCCAUACCAAAAUACUAAAUCUCAAAUCACUGUAAGUUGGCAAUUCCCUAAAGUUUGCUCAUGUAUAUAU